UGCUUAAAACUAAUGAAACCAUCUUCAUCAUAACAAAGUCUAUAUUUUAAAAUGAACUAUUUCCUUUUGGUAUCUUUUGGAUCUUUGCAGGGACAAAAAAUGGCGACACCUGAUGAGGAAAUCUUAUCAAUUUUAGAAGAUUUGGGAGAUGAGGACUUUGAAAAAUUCAAGUGGUUCCUGCAGGGGAAGCUAGGAGGCAUCGAAGCAAUCCCAAAGAGUCGACUGGAGAAUGCAAACCGGAUUAAAACCGUGGAUCAGAUGAUUCAGACUUACAGUAUAAAUGCGAUUGACGUGGCCAGAACAGUUAAAGAGAAGAUAAAUCAGAAAUUAUCAAACCCCCCCCUCAAACUUGAAGAGAUUCUUCCUCGGUGCCAGCCAAAACUCAAAUUGAAUUUACAAAAGAAGUUCCGGUGUGGUUUUCAGGCGAUCGCUAAAACAGGAAACCAGACCCUUCUGAAUGACAUCUACACAGAGCUCUACAUCACAGAGGGAGGGAAUGCAGAGGUCAAUAAGGAACAUGAGGUCAGACAGAUUGAAACAGCAUCCAGGAAACCAGACAGACCAGAAACAAGAAUCCGACAAGAAGACAUCUUUAAAGCCUCACCUGGAAGAGAUGAACCAAUCAGAACAGUGCUGACAAUGGGAGUGGCUGGCAUUGGGAAAACAGUCUUAACACAGAAGUUCACUCUGGACUGGGCUGAAGACAAAACCAACCAGGACAUCCACUUCAUAUUUCCAUUCACUUUCAGAGAGCUGAAUGUGCUGAAAGAGAAAACGUUCAGCUUGGUGGAACUUGUUCAUCACUUCUUUACUGAUAUCAAAGCAGCAGGAAUCUGCAGCUUUGAAGAGUUCCACGUUGUGUUGAUCUUUGACGGUCUGGAUGAGUGCCGACUUCCUCUGGACUUCGACAGCGCUGACAUCCUGACUGAUGUCACAGAGUCCUCCUCAGUGGAUAUGCUGCUGACAAACCUCAUCAGGGGGAAACUGCUUCCCUCUGCUCGCCUCUGGAUAACCACACGACCUGCAGCAGCCAAUCAGAUCCCUCUUGACUAUGUUGGCAUGGAGACAGAGGUCAGAGGGUUCACUGACCCACAGAAGGAGGAGUACUUCAGGAAGAGAUUCAGAGAUGAGGAGCAGGCCGGCAGGAUCAUCUCCCACAUCAAGACAUCACGAAGCCUCCACAUCAUGUGCCACAUCCCAGUCUUCUGCUGGAUCUCUGCUGGAGUUCUGAAGAAGCUGAUGAAAACCAGAGAGGGAGGAGAGCUGCCCAAGACCCUGACUGAGAUGUACAUCCAAUUCCUGGUGGUUCAGUCCAAAAGGACAAAUGUCAAAUAUCAUGGGAAAUCUGAAAGAGAUCCACAGUGGAGUCCAGAGAGCAGGAAGAUGAUUGAGUCUCUGGGAAAACUGGCUUUUGAUCAGCUGCAGAAAGGAAACCUGAUCUUCUAUGACUCAGACCUGAAAGAGUGUGGCUUCGAUAUCACAGCAGCCUCAAAGUAUUCAGGAGUGUUCACCCAGGUCUUUAGAGAAGAGAGUGAACUGUACGAGGUCAGGGUGUUCUGCUUCAUCCAUCUGAGUGUUCAGGAGUUUCUGGCUGCUCUUCAUGUCCAUCUGACCUUCAUCAACUCUGGAAUCAAUCUGAUGGCAGAAAAAAAAUCAACCUCCCGACUGUCCAAAUUCUUCAGAAAAAAACUGAAACCAAAACAUCUCUACCAGAGUGCUGUGGACAAGGUCUUACAGAGUCCAAAUGGACACCUGGACUUGUUCCUCCGCUUCCUCCUGGGUCUUUCUCUGGAGACCAAUCAAAGACUCCUACAAGAUCUGCUGACACAGACAGGAAGUAGCUCAAAGACCAAUCAGGAAACAGUCCAGUACAUCAAGGAGAAGAUCAGUGAGGAUCUGUCUGCAGAGAGAAGCAUCAACCUGUUCCACUGUCUGAAUGAACUGAAUGAUCGUUCUCUAGUGGAGGAGAUCCAACAGUCUCUGAGAUCAGGAAGUCUCUCCACAGAUAAACUGUCUCCUGCUCAGUGGUCAGCUCUGGUCUUCAUCUUACUGUCAUCACAAACAGAUCUGGACGUGUUUGACCUGAAGAAAUACUCUGCUUCAGAGGAGGCUCUUCUGAGGCUGCUGCCAGUGGUCAAAGCCUCUAACAAAGCUCUGUUGAGUGGCUGUAACCUGACAGAGAGAAGCUGUGAAGCUCUAUCCUCAGUCCUCAGCUCCCAGUCCUCUCGUCUGAGAGACCUGGACCUGAGUAACAACAACAACCUGAAGGAUUCAGGAGUGGAGCAGCUUUUUGUUGGACUAAAGAGUCCACUAUGUGAACUGAAAACUCUAAGGGUAACUGGCUGUAACCUGUCAGAGAGAAGCUGUGAAGCUCUGUCCUCAGUCUUCAGCUCCCAGUCCUCUAGUCUGAGAGACCUGGACCUGAGUAACAACAACCUGCAGGAUUCUGGAGUGAAGCAGCUGGCUGUUGGACUGAAGAGUCCAAUAUGUGAACUGAAAACUCUAAGGGUAACUGGCUGUAACCUGUCAGAGAGAAGCUGUGAAGCUCUGUCCUCAGUCCUCAGCUCCCAGUCCUCUAGUCUGAGAGACCUGGAGCUGAGUAACAACAACCUGCAGGAUUCUGGAGUGAAGCAGCUGGCUGUUGGACUGAAGAGUCCAAUAUGUGAACUGGAAACUCUCAGUCUGUCAGGCUGUCUGAUCUCAGAGGAAGGCUGUUCUUCUCUGGCCUCAGCUCUGAGCUCCAACCCCUCCCAUCUGAGAGAGCUGGACCUGAGCUACAAUCAUCCAGGAGACUCAGGAGAGAAGCAGCUGAUUGCUCUACGAGAGGAUCCACAUUACAGACUGAAGACUCUCAGGGUGGACCAUGGUGGAGAGCACAGGUUAAAACCUGGUCUGAGGAAGUAUUUCUGUCAACUCACACUGGACACAAACACAGUAUACAGAAACCUCAAACUGUCUGAGAACAACAGGAAGGUGACAUAUGUUAGAGAGGAUCAGUCAUAUCCUGAUCAUCCAGAGAGAUUUGACUCCAGGCCUCAGCUGCUGUGUAAAGAUGGUCUGACUGGUCGCUGUUACUGGGAGGUCGAGUGGAGAGGAGAGGAAAAUGUUGGAAAAGUUGCUGUAGCAGUGAGUUACAGAGGAAUCAGCAGGAAAGGAGGCAGUGAUGCCUGUGUGUUUGGAUUCAAUGAUCAGUCCUGGAGUCUGAGCUGCUCUCAUGAUGGUUACUCUGUCUGGCACGAUAACAUUAGAACAGUCCUCUCCUCCUCCUCCUCCUCCUCCUCCUCCUCCUCCUCCUCCUCCUCCUCCCCCUCUGGUAGAAUAGGAGUGUAUGUGGACUGUCCUGCUGGCUCUCUGUCCUUCUACAGAGUCUCCUCUGACUCACUGAUCCGCCUCCACACCUUCAACACCACAUUCACUGAACCUCUUUAUCCUGGGUUUAGGUUUGGGUCCUCUGUUUCCUCAGUGUCUCUGUGUGUUCUGUAGGACGGAGACGACUUCCUGUCCUGUGGUCUGAAUGUUGGAUGAAGCUUCACUUUGUUUAUCAUUUGAUUCUCUGAUUGUUUCUUUAAUGUCUCAAAUGUUUUCUUCUUAUAAACGGUGAAAUGAUCUCAGGGCUGAACUCUGAUUUUCUCUUGAAUCCAGUUUUUUUUGGAGCAGCGUCUUGUAGCUGCUAAUGUCUGUCGUGAUUGAUCUCAAUAAAGGUUUAAAGACUCACGAGAACAGCA